AUGGAAGAUUGGAACAUGCUUGGCGCUGAUUGUGUGGUCAUAUCAUGCUGCUGUCAGUGCUUGAUGAUGCAAAUUCUUGUUUUUGUGCUGCUGAAGCUUCCGUGGAAGUUGGUGAGGAAAACAAGGGAAUAUGCUAAGAAAAAGCUUCGUCAAAGGAAGGGAAAUGAUAAAAAGGAAAUGGGUUCUUAUGAAGAUGUGCUUGUGGGAAUUCAUGAACAAUCUAUUAGAAUUCAAGCAGAGAUGGCACUAAUGGAUGAUGCGGGACGCCAUUGUGGUUGUUGCAUGGAUGAAGUGGAAAAGGUGAUGGAGGAGUUUUAUCAAAAGGGAGAGUUUGCGUUUGGGAGCUUUUGGGGGAGGAAGGGACCAUGGGGUGUUCCUUCCAUUGUUGAUCAUCAUAAUGACGUUAAUUUUUCAAGAUAUCAGAUCAUUGAUUUCGUUGGCUCCUUAAGCUAUGCAUGA